GCAAUACAAGAUUUUCUUUCUACUUAUAAAGCUAUGAGAUUUGCAUUGACCGAAUAUUCAUGUGCCACUCCAGAAGAAUAUGAUGAGAUAGUAGAAAAUGCUACUAAAGAAUUAAUUGAAUAUAAUUCUGAAUUUGGCUCAAGAAAAUAUUUCGGUCAAAAACCUAUG